AUGUUGAUUGCCCGACUUGGAUUCCUGUUGUGUUCAUUGGGCUAUAUAACUGCGAUAUGUCGUCCAUUGGGUCACAAUAUAUUAGAUGCCAAUGCCAUUUCCUACAUGAUAUUUUAGUCCCAGUGUAAGUCGCAUGAGGAUUGCUGUUCGACGAUGUGCCUGACCCACCUGGGCCAAUGUUCCCCCAAAAGGGGAGAUCAGUGGUAA